CAAGGCUGCGAAAGCAGGUCCAGGUACACCUCCACUACGCGUCCAGUUGCCAUGGAGACCAGGUGUUUUCUGUUAAACAGCCCUAACCCCCUACCUAGAGUCCUUUAGUCCACCAGUGAAAACUGAAGAAAGGAACCGAAGAGUAAAACCAGCACAAACCUGGAUCUGGACCUGGAGCCGGACCUGGAAGAACUAGGCCCUCCCAGGUGCCACCCUACUGAGCAUGCUCAGUGGCGUCCAGCUGGAGGAUAAAUCCUCGGCGCUGAUGGGAUUAGCAGAGCAGAUUCUCUGAGCUGAACAGAACCAGCAUCAAGUUCUGAGGAGUUCUACUGGUUCUACUGGACCCUGAACCCCGGCAGAAUGAUGCUGAACGACGACUGGACCGUGAUGAACAACAGCAGCUCAGAGCUGGACGGCAGGAGGCCCCGCAGGUCAAAGAGGUGCUGCACCUUCCUCUUAUGGUCGGUAGGCGUGGUGUUCGCCAUGGCAGCGGUCGUCACGGCAACAGUGACGGUCCUCCAUCUCCACCAGCUCCCUCUGCCCAUCUUCAGCAGUGGCGGAGCCUCCACGCCAGCCGUCUCUGCCGGCUCUUCAGAAUCAGGCGCCCUGGUGACCAUCUCCCGCGUGGCGGACGGCGAGCCUGUCAGCGUCUUCCUGGACCCCGCCUGUCCCGACCUGAGCCAGGACUUCCUGCGGCUGGAGGCGCUGCACGGCUCGCUGCUGCACGCACUGACCAAUCGCAACGCAGACGACCACGGGAACGGGGGGGCCGUCCAGAAGCUGGGGGACGACCUGAAGAUGCUCUCAGGCCACGCCCACAACCUGAGGCUGGAGGCCGAUUUGCUGAAGAGGGAUCAAGGUGCUCUGGACCAGCGCAUGGACCGCCUGCAGAACGAGCAGAGCCGCAUCAUCCAGGUGCUGUCUGACAGCCACUCCGACAUCCUGAAGCUGGCUGAGAGCUGCAGCGAUUCUCUGCUCGGCCUGAAGAGGGAGACGGAGAGCCUGGGGAGGCUGAAGAGCGAGCUAAGUCGCAACAUCGCCCAGACAACCGUCCAGCCCAGAGACUGCAGCGAUGUCCUGGCAUCCGGCGUCUCCGUGGACGGAGUCUAUUCUGUGUUCCCAACCCACGACCCUGAGGGUUUCAUGGUCUACUGCGACCUGAGCACCGACGGCGGAGGCUGGACGGUGAUCCAGAGGAGGGAGGACGGCUCCGUGAACUUCUUCAGAGGCUGGGAGGCCUACAGGGACGGCUUCGGGACGACCACCGGGGAGCACUGGCUGGGCCUACACAGGAUCUACACCCUCACCAGGUCAGGAGGCUACGAGUUGCGUAUCGACAUGGCUGACUUUGAUAACGCCACUGCAUUCGCUCGCUACUCGGAUUUCUCUGUUGGUCGAGACUCAGUGAACCCGGAGGAGGACGGGUACCCACUGACCAUAGACGGCUACUCUGGAACGGCAGGAGACUCUCUCCUGAAGCACUCGGGGAUGCGGUUCACCACCAAAGAUCGAGACCAGGACCAAUCUGAGAACAAUUGUGCGGCGUACUACCAGGGGGCGUGGUGGUACCGGAACUGCCAUACCUCCAACCUGAAUGGACAGUACCUGAGAGGAGGCCACGCCUCCUACGCUGACGGUGUGGAAUGGUCCAGCUGGACCGGCUGGCAGUACUCGCUGCGGUUCACUGAGAUGAAGAUACGACCCAGAAGACCAGAGUCCUGAACCGGGCCCAGAACCUGGACCAGAGAAACUUUCCUCUUUAAUAAAUUGUUCUGAUCCA